AUGUCAUGGAUAUUUAAUCCAAUACUUCAAAUUGCAGCUAUCCGAUGCGAUUCAAACAAAAUGGUUUUGAUUUCCAACAAUAGCAGAAUAAUAAUUCAAAGUGCAACAUGCAAUACAUCUAAAAAUGAAAUGAAUCUCCAGAUAGAGCCUGUGCAACUUGCUGAUGAUGGGAAUUAUACUUGUGAAAUUCUAGAUCAAAGAGGAGUUCAUAGAUUAACCUUCUCAUUAGCAGUAACAGUUCCACCCGAUAUAUCUUUCAGUAUUGAAAACAAACUAGAUGAUACAAUGGUGGUCAUAUGCACCGCAUCAAAUGGGAAACCAGCUGCAGAAAUUACUUGGUAUCCAAAUAAUUUAGGAAACUUCUCAAUCGAUAUAACCCAUCACAGUAACAGAACUACAACUGUACAAAGCAAGUAUCACAUUAAUAUCCUCCAAUUCAGUGAGGAGAUAAGCUGCAUUGUGAGCCACCCAGCAUUUGAUGGGACAAAAAACUAUACCAUUCCUCGAAGCAGUCCAGCCCUACAUGAUUCACAAUCAACUGCAAAGAUUUUAUUCAAUUUAUACGUCAUUGCUGGUGUCCUGGUUGCUUUUCUGUGUCUCCUUGCAGUAGUACAUUUUACACUCAGAUACUUCGAUCUCCAGGUAGAAACUGCAUUCAGAAAUUGCUGCGCCUCCAGGUCCAGUCAGGACAUAUCUCAAUCAAAUGGACCUUUUAUACAAAUGGAGAAUUUCAUUUAUGAUUCAUUUCAACCACAAAAACUGAGGUAACCACGGCAGCAACCUUCUGAAAAGCAUUACAAUUUUUGUGGAAAUUCAUGAGAUUACAUUAAUGUACUUUUUAAUACCGUUAUGGCUACCAUUGCUUUGAGCUCUUAGAGAUGAAGGUGUUCAGAGAGUUUCAAAAUUAAUCAAAAAUAUACAAAAAUGGCAACAAUUCCAAACUGUUCUGCUGCACUACGUGCUGGUAUAUGUCAUAUACCAGCAUUGUUUACCUACAUAGUAGCUCGAAGUCAACUAGCUACCACCAUCGACAAAUAGAAGGCGAUCUCUGCUAAAAGUCAUCAUCGCAAUCACCAUCACCAUCUAUUACAAGCCGUAAUCAGUAGCAACCAUGUAGUUAGCCAUCACCUGAAUGCCAGCAAAAAAAUAUCAAAAAGCCCAUGACCAGACUCGCCACCAGCAGCAGGAAGCCAGCAAAUACAAGACAACUAAUCAUGCAACCAGAAACCUACUAUCACUGGUGGGAGCCACCAAUUCUUUGCCAAUCACUAGAAGGCAACCAGUGAACCAAUAUGAGCUUGCAUCAGCUUGGCUUCUAGCUCCAUUGGUUACAAGACCAUGCAUACUGGGAUCUUUGGAAAAUUCAGCAAAGGAAAACUGAUGGCAAUUUGCCAAGCUUUACUCUUCUCUCAAUCUGAGAGCAUCGCUGGAUAUAAAGGUUGCUGCCUCCAUAGCAGGGAAAAAAAUUGUGCCAUGUCAGUGAAUAAAGCCGGAAACAGAUUAAAGUUUUGACAUUCAGGAUAGUUGAAAAUUUAUCCUAGAAAUAACUCCAAUAUUUUAUAUCUUACUCCAAAUUUGCCAUUAACUAGUCUUUUACAUAUAGCUUGUAAUGACUGCAAAAUACUUGUAAAGCAAGUGAGAAAACAACAGUAACCAACAAAUAAGUAACUGUCUUUUUCAGCUAGUAGAGUAGUUUUUAUCAUUGCUCACAUUGACUGAGAGCAUCCUACACAGACAGGAGAUGACGCAGCUGAUACAACAGAGAUAAUGGUUUGGGAUAGUGCAGAAGUGCUAGUUUCUCAAGUUAAAAACACAAGGGAACAUAAAGAAGGUGAGUGGGUUAGAAUUAUAGGUAGUGAGAAUAUACUUCUUCACUCCCAAAAGACUGGUGUACUCUUUUCAACAAAAAUUAAAAUAGGACACCCUUCAUAAACAUGUGUAUUAUUCCCAAUGCACAUAUAUUUUAUGACCGCCCCCAGGGGUAAAGCUGAUUUUUUGUCAAUCACUCAGCAACAGCAUAUUUCAAUGUUCACUACACUCACUCUUGAUCAUCACAUUUCUAUGAGUAUUUGUACUGGGGCCAUUGAGAUUAUAAAUCCAUUUCAAUGCAACAAUUUCUACCAGAGGAUUUGGGACCUGUGUCAUCAGUACAAAUAUUUAUGCAACUCAACUAAAUAAUUCUUACUUAUGCAUGCAGAGCCUACUCCCAGGAGGUAAAGUAGCAUAUUUAAUUCACUGUAAAACCUCUUGGUGAAGUGAAAAGAUGGAAAACAAGAUUGGAUGCAGAAACAGAAAAUAAAGAAGAGCUAUUUUCAUUUUGUUAACGCCUUGAUAAUUAAAACUGGGAAGUACGAAACUCUACUCUGGUAAAAAUGACUUUUUUAAAUGUCAAAUAUUUAUUUGGCAGGAAUUAAGACUUAUGCAGCACGAAAGUCCCCUUACACUACAAAGUACAAACAGAAUCUUUAAUCUAGUAACUUUAAUGGAUAUAUAGGAAUAGGAAUAAUAAACUUUUCACGUUCUAUCCAUUUCAAUUGUAAGUCCCUGGUUGAAACAUUAGUGAAGGGGAACAUCUGGAAAACCAUUGAAACUCAGACAGCAGCCUCUGAUUUCUGUGUUUAACUGUACUUGUGCUAUUUGAUUACUCUUUCAUGAAGGGCGGUCUGAUAGCCGGUACAUGUUUCAUAAAAAUAAUCAUUUUAGUAGCUUCCACUGAUUAAUUGUACUGCCCUCUGCUGUAUCUUGUGGAUUUUGCAGUUGAAAUUGAGCAAGGGUCAGAAUUUUUAUAUUGUGCCCUUUCAUUGGCAUUCCGUCACAUAAAUACAUAAGCAAGAUGAUCUUUGAGCCAAAGCAAUAGUUGCU